CCACCCCCCACUAUUUUGGGAACUGAAAUCCUGGGAUUCGGGCCUUCGAUUCCAAGAUCAGAACCGUGGAUUCUGAGGAACCCGAAGUCCUCGCCACAGACCCGGGUGCUCAAAUCCGGGGCUAGAGACCUCCAAAUCUUGACUCAGCACCCUAGGAUCCCAACAGGAUCCCGACCGGACUUGGAAUUCACCCUAAAACUUCCCCAUCUGGCUGUGUGGUAUCUCAAGCCUGGUGCUGAGAGAGAUCCGAUCCUAAGCAACCGUUGGGGCCUUGGUCUCUAAUACUGCACUCUUGAGGCCCAAUUUUAGUGGUCCUGGACCCCAAGAAUCAAGUGUGGAGACUCCGCAACCUAUUGAAGCUGAGACCCGACAGUUCCUCCACAGAGGCCCUGGGGACAGGGGAGGCUUGACCAGAUGCCGCCUCCAGCAUUCUGACCUCUCACCCCCCCUUGGAGCCUGAGGACUCUGCUCCCUGGGGUGGCUUCCAGCUCAGGCCACCCCUGCCCGCGAUGGCCGUCCUCCCACUGCUCCUCUGCCUCCUACCGCUGGCCCCCGCCUCCUCUCCGCCCCAGCCGGCAUCCAGCCCCUGUCCCCGCCGUUGCCGCUGCCAGACCCAGUCGCUGCCCCUAAGUGUGCUGUGCCCAGGGGCGGGCCUCCUGUUUGUGCCGCCCUCGCUGGAUCGCCGUGCGGCAGAGCUGCGCCUGGCAGACAACUUCAUCGCGGCAGUGCGACGCCGCGACCUGGCCAAUAUGACGGGCCUGCUGCAUCUGAGCCUGUCUAGAAACACCAUCCGCCACGUGGCCGCCGGCGCCUUCGCCGACCUGCGCGCCCUGCGGGCCCUGCACCUAGACGGCAACAGACUGACUUCGCUGGGCGAGGGUCAGCUGCGUGGCCUAGUCAACUUGCGACACCUCAUCCUGAGCAACAACCAGCUGGCCGCCCUGGCAGCUGGUGCCCUGGACGACUGUGCCGAGACCUUGGAGGAUCUCGACCUCUCUUACAAUAACCUUGAGCAACUACCCUGGGAAGCCCUGGGUCGCCUGGGCAACGUCAAUACAUUGGGCCUUGACCACAAUUUGCUGGCUUCGGUGCCUGCUGGAGCCUUUUCCCGCCUGCACAAGUUGGCACGACUGGACAUGACCUCCAACCGCCUGACCACUAUCCCUCCCGACCCACUCUUCUCCCGCCUGCCCUUGCUUGCCCGGCCCCGAGGCUCACCGGCCUCCGCUCUGGUCCUGGCCUUUGGCGGGAACCCGCUGCACUGCAACUGUGAGUUGGUGUGGCUGCGGCGCCUGGCUCGGGAGGAUGACCUCGAGGCCUGCGCCUCGCCACCUGCUCUGGGGGGCCGCUACUUCUGGGCCGUGGGUGAGGAGGAGUUUGUGUGUGAGCCACCGGUGGUGACCCACCGCUCGCCUCCCCUGGCGGUGCCGGCGGGUCGUCCAGCUGCCCUGCGAUGCCGGGCGGUAGGGGACCCGGAGCCACGGGUACGUUGGGUGUCACCCCAGGGUCGGCUGCUGGGCAACUCCAGCCGCGCCCGUGCCUUCCCUAACGGGACGCUGGAGCUACUGGUCACCGAGCCUGGGGACGGUGGCAUCUUUACUUGCAUUGCCGCCAAUGCCGCUGGUGAGGCCACUGCUGCCGUUGAGCUGACCGUGGGUCCCCCUCCACCUCCCCAACUAGCCAAUAGCACCAGCUGUGAUCCCCCUAGGGACGGGGAUCCUGAUGCACUCACCCCGCCUUCUGCUGCUUCGGCCUCCGCCAAAGUGGCGGACACCGUGGCCCCUACUGACCGUGGCGUCCAAGUGACUGAGCAUGGGGCCACAGCAGCUCUUGUCCAGUGGCCGGAUCAGAGGCCUGUCCCAGGCAUCCGCAUGUACCAGAUUCAAUACAACAGCUCAGCGGACGACAUCCUUGUCUACAGGAUGAUCCCGGCGGACAGUCGCUCCUUCCUGUUGACCGACCUGGCGUCAGGCCGUACCUAUGACCUAUGCGUGCUCGCGGUCUACGAGGACAGCGCCACGGGGCUGACAGCCACGCGGCCAGUGGGCUGCGCUCGGUUCUCCACGGAGCCCGCGCUGCGGCCUUGCGCGGCUCCCCACGCGCCCUUCCUGGGCGGCACCAUGAUCAUCGCGCUGGGGGGCGUCAUCGUGGCUUCAGUUCUGGUCUUCAUCUUCGUGUUGCUUGUACGCUACAAGGUGCACGGUGGCCAGCCACCCGGCAAGGCCAAGGCCGCAGCACCCGUCAGCAGUGUUUGCUCCCAGACCAACGGAGCCUUGGGCCCAGCGCCCAGCGCACCUGCCCCUGAGCCUGCUGCACCCAGGGCCCAUACUGUGGUCCAAUUGGACUGUGAACCCUGGGGGCCCAGCCACGAACCUGCAGGACCCUAGCUGGGGGACCCCACUUCUAUGAUUCCUCUGGCCCCUGGGACAACAGGAUCCAGACACACACCCCUCGGGACCUGGCCUCGGAGACUCACCAAAUUGCUCACGAUUUUUAAAACUCUGAUGGGGAGGGCGUCGGGGCACUGGGGCACUACAAGA